UUUCGAUUUCUGGGAAGUGCAUAGCAUGACUUCGGCCACCCCGCUGCUGGAGCCCGAUGACCACGACCUUCCACCGCUCUUUCUCCGCCGCUCCGCUUCAAACACCACCUCUCAACUCGCCAUUGUCGGCUCCAAUCUCUGCCCCAUCGAAAGCCUCGAUUAUGAGAUAAUAGAGAAUGAUUUUGUGAGGCCUGACUGGCGAAGUAGGGAAUUGAUUGAGAUAUGCCAAUAUACAUUGAUGAAAUGGAUUUUAUGCCUUCUAAUUGGCCAUAUCGUCGGUCUGCUUGGAUUCUUCAUCAACCUCGCUGUGGAAAAUCUAGCUGGUCUCAAGUUUGUUGUCACCUCCAACAUGAUGCUCGCCAGAAAGUUCAUGAUGGCUUUCCUCAUCUUCUCAUCUUCAAAUCUUGGCUUGACAUUGUUUGCAAGUUUGAUCACUGCUUUUGUAGCCCCUGAGGCGGCCGGCUCAGGUAUACCAGAGGUUAAGGCUUAUUUGAAUGGUGUCGAUGCUCCCGCAAUAUUUUCACUCCGGACUCUGAUCGUCAAGAUAGUUGGGAGCAUAUGUGCUGUGUCAUCAUCGCUAAAUGUUGGAAAGGCGGGGCCGAUGGUUCACUGUGGCGCUUGCAUUGCUGCGUUACUGGGUCAGGGUGGAUCGAAGAAGUUUGGAUUAACCUGGAAGUGGUUGCGGUUUUUCAAAAAUGACCGUGACAGGAGAGAUCUUGUAACUUGUGGAUCUGCUGCGGGUAUAGCAGCUGCGUUUCGUGCUCCAGUUGGUGGCGUGCUGUUUUCUCUUGAAGAAAUGGCAUCUUGGUGGAGAGGUGCUCUGUUGUGGAGAACUUUCUUUACUACAGCUGUUGUUGCUAUAGUUCUCCGAGCUCUAAUUGAUCUCUGUUUGAGUGGUCAGUGUGGCCUAUUUGGAAAAGGGGGGCUUAUAAUGUAUGAUGUCACGUCGGUAGAUACUACCUAUCACAUCUGGGAUGUGCCUCCAGUUCUUCUUCUUGCAUUCGGAGGUGGCAUAUUAGGAAGCAUAUACAACUCCCUGCUCAAUACAGUUCUCAAAAUUUACAAUGUAAUUAACAAGAAAGGAGUUGCUUUAAGAAUCCUGUUGGCUUGUUCUUUAUCAAUCUUCACUUCGUGUCUUCUAUUUGGACUACCAUGGCUCGCCUCCUGUCGUCCAUGUCCGUCUGAUCCAUCAGAACCCUGCCCUACAAUUGGCCGUUCAGGGAACUAUAAAAAGUUCCAGUGUCCUCCUGGUUACUACAAUGAUCUUGCUAGCCUCUUUUUUAAUACCAAUGACGAUGCUAUCAAAAACCUCUUCAGCAAAGGCACCGACUCUGAGUUUCAACAUUCAUCAAUGCUCAUCUUCUUUGCUGCCUGUUUCUUUCUCAGCAUUUUCAGUUAUGGCAUUGUUGCUCCGGCAGGCUUAUUUGUGCCGGUCAUCAUUACCGGUGCUGCUUAUGGGCGUUUUGUUGGGAUGUUACUCGGUUCAAAGUCAAAUCUAAACCAUGGACUUUUCGCAGUUCUUGGUUCUGCUUCCCUUCUUGGCGGAUCAAUGAGAACGACUGUUUCUUUGUGUGUGAUCGUUCUUGAGUUGACCAAUAACCUAUUGUUGCUGCCACUUAUAAUGAUAGUUCUUCUCAUAUCCAAGAGUGUGGCAGACGUCUUCAAUGAAAAUGUGUACGAUCUACUAAUGACGUUGAAGGGAUUACCUUACUUGGAAGAUUAUGCCGAGCCAUAUAUGAGGCAAUUGACAGUUGGGGAUGUUGUUACAGGCCCGCUACAGAGCUUUCAUGGCUUCGAAAAGGUUUCUAAUGUUGUGCACGUUCUCAGAACCACGCGACAUAAUGGGUUUCCUGUGAUAGACGAGCCCCCAUUCUCUGAGUCCCCUGUCUUAUAUGGUUUAAUUCUCCGAGCACAUCUUCUCACCUUGUUGAAAUCAAAAGCUUUCUCACGAACUCCAUCACCAGUUAGCCGAGAUACUAUUGCGCUCUUUUCAGCUGAUGAUUUUGCAAAGAAGGGUUUUGGCCAUGAUGAUAGAAUUGAAGAUCUAGCAUUGUCUGUUGAAGAGAUGGAGAUGUACAUAGAUUUGCACCCAUUUACUAACACAUCACCUUACACCGUCGUGGAGACGAUGUCGUUGGGUAAAGCACUGAUGCUUUUCUGCCAAGUUGGCUUGAGGCACCUGCUGGUCAUUCCGAGGUUUUCUGGGCAGAGACAUCCAGUUGUGGGUAUUUUGACAAGGCACGACUUCAGGCCGGAACACGUCCUGGAUCUGCAUCCGCUUCUGGCAAACAGCAGGUGGAAAAGACUGAGAUUACGAUUCCCUCAACUAAGGAAGCUCGUCUGAAGAACCUGAGAUGGUUGGAACUAGCUCUUAACCCCCCGAGCAGAAAGUUGCGAGGAAUUUUCAUCAAUCGACAUAGACGGUCGACCUAGCAAGUCGUAAAUGAAAUGCCCUGUUCUCCUAAUUACGUACAACAAGCGAGAAAAUUUUGCGCUUUGGCACAUACUAUUUAAUCUAUUACCACAUCGAACAUUCGACAUGCUUUGGAGAAGGGAAAUAAUCAGUUUGUACAUAUUAACUGCAGCACAGAAAAUAGUUCUACUGGAUCAGUUGGUACAUUUUGUCCUCAUUUUUUUCAUCCUGUAUAAUGCUGUAGAUUGUUUGAAUUGUAACAUACUGAUUAAACUAUGUGUCUCUUUUAUUCAACUGUAAAUAGCUAUGAUUUAGGUUCUUGCUGAGAACUGAAACAUGUGAGUAAUAUAUUCUUGCACUUUACUUGUCUA